UUAAAAGGUGACUCGCGCGAUCAGAAGAGCCCACAGUUGCUCAUCAGUGUCUCAUUUGUGUUGAUCGUUUGGGAGGAAACAAGACAAAAUUCCACGUUGAAGAUGAUCAAGAGAAUUUUCAAAUCACUUCUCCUGGUGAUCUUCAUUCAAGUGAUCUGUGCUGAGAAAUCUAGUGGAAAGUCCGAAGAUGUCUGGAAGCAGGAUCUUAGUGAUGCCUUCCAGAUUAAUCCCUCAACUCACGGACUGGAAAAGGUGCAUUUGAGAUGUGGAUCUAAUGCAAUGGUUGUGGAAUUGGAGACUGAGAAGGAAUUCACGGGAGUGAUGUACACUCGAGGGAGUUUCUAUAAGCAAUCCGAGCCAUGCUUUGCUAAGCCACAGCCUGGCAGGAAUGCCAAGAAGCUCACUCUCAAGUUCCCCCUGGAUCAGUGUCAGACGGUUAAGGAUGGAGAGCUGUACAGCAAUGUGGUGAUCGUGCAACACGAGCCGGAUCUCGUGAUGCCCGGAGAUGCGGCAUUUGCCGUGGAAUGUGACUUCAGGAAAUCUCGCGAUCUCACCGUAAACGCCGAAAUGCAGACAAAAGACAGUGAAUUGGUGGCAAGUGGAUCGAGGAUCAGUCUGACCAGUCCUGAUCCAUCCUACAAACACGAUCGAGACAGUGUUGCCGACACCGUGUUCAAUCAAUCGCACCAAGUCACUUUCGUGCCAAAUCAAAUAAUCUCAGACGACGCCACGGAUGAGAAGAAAGUGCGAGGAACUGUUGAAUCAGUCAAGCUUGAGCUCUAAGUCAAGUCCAAACUCCAAAAAUAUGGGCCAUUUGAUCGUUUAAGAGACACCGCCUGGUAAG